AUGAUAUUAAUUAAAGGUGAUCCUAGAUUUACAUCAAUAGAAGAUAUGAAUUCAAAAUAUGAUAGAGUUGUUGCAAGUUCAUAUUACUCUCUUGCGUACCUGAUAGACCAGUUAAAUGAAAAUUCAUUAUUAAAAGCUGCAAAACAAUAUGAUGAUUUAUUUGAUAAUCCAAAAACUUGA